AUGCUGGAGGAAGCACGUUCGAUCGUAACAUCGACCAUUGAUGGCGCUGAUUCCGAGCUUCACAAGAUCAACAAAGCUCUCCACGAGAACCCAGAGUUAGGUUACGAAGAGCAUUUUGCGCAUCAGACAAUUACCUCCUACCUCUCUUCACUCGGAUUUAACGUCAAAAAACAUGCUUAUGGUUUCGACACCAGCUUUGAAGCGGAGUACGGGUCCGGCGGCCGUCUUGUCAUCAUCUGCGCAGAGUACGAUGCUCUUCCAGGCAUUGGUCACUCAUGCGGUCAUAACUUGAUCGCGACUUCCUCGAUCGCAACAUUUACCGCGGCGGUCGAGGCGAUGAAGAAACACAACAUCGAAGGGAGAUUACGGAUCCUUGGUACUCCUGCUGAAGAGGGUGGAGGCGGCAAAGCUAAGCUUAUCGAAGCUGGCGCGUUCCCCAAAGACACUGCUGCAGCCAUCAUGGCUCAUCCAAUGUCCGCACAUCAGAUCUUUUACAAGCCUGGCUACUACCAAGGUCUUGCUGGUCUCAAGCUGAUUGCGAGUCACAAGUUCAAGACUGAGUUCAGAGGCAAACCAGCACAUGCAGCAGGUGAGCCUUGGAACGGAGUCAACGCUCUAGAUGCAGCAGUCUCAGCAUACGCCAACGUGGGUCUCCUGAGGCAGCAGAUGGAGCCGGAUGAACGCGUUCACGGAGUAAUCGAGGCCGGAGGAACCGUACCAAACGUCAUCACCGACUACACACGGAUGAACUGGAAUGUCCGCAGCCCUACCAUAGAGCGAGCGGCUAAGCUCCUUGCUCGCGUAAAGAACUGUAUUGAAGCAGCAGCCUUGGCUUCAGGAUGUAAGCUGGAAUAUAUCAGCUCACCCACAUACCUCAACCUACGCGCCAACAAGACCUUAUGCGAGCUGUACGCUCAAGAGAUGGACACGCUCGGUACUAAAAUUCAGAUCAAUCAGGAGAAGAUGAUGAAUGCUUCGACAGAUAUGGGCAAUGUUUCACAUAUCAUCCCCAGCUUUCACGGCGCGUUCGUGAUCCCGGCUGAGAAGGAUGUGUCAGCCCACCAUCCAGCAUUCGCAGCGUGUGCAGGUACAGAUGAGGGUCACAAGGCGGCCUUGAAUUGCGCGAAAGGUAUGGCAAUGCUGGCAUUAAGGGUUCUGGUGGAUGAGAACGUUGCGAAGAGGACGAAAGAAGACUUUGAACAAGACGACGAGUAG